AUGAAGGCUUUCUUGGCCUUGGUGUUUUUGCUUGCAGUCAGCAAGGUCACAGAAGCUGCAGAAACUACUCUUUCUCUCAGGCUCUGUGAGGUGCAGAGCUGCCAGCAUAACGUCACCUGCUUGCAGGUUCUGGAAGCUGAAUGCUACGUUGAUGGUGAUGCUCAGACAACAACCUGCAAAGUUGCUGGACAAGACGAUCAAGAGGAGUUUGUUUUUCAAAACACAACAUGCAUCACGAAACAAAUGAGCCACGGGCUCGCUACAUUUAGCCUAACUAACGAGGUAAAUCGCCCAAAUCAGCAAAAGGAGCGAAUCAGAAGAACGUCGGAUUGUACGCAAUCGGUGCAUGACGCGUUUUCACAAAAUAGUUACAGCAACAACGACGGCAGCAAGCCCUGGGCCGCGUCCUGGGUUGAGACCGACCCGGGCAACGGCGGGGCAUCCUCUGGUAACGUGUUUGUCAACAACGGCGCGCUCGUAUUGACCCAGCAGUCUUACAACGGCUAUACCAAGGUUACGCGGGAGGUCGAUCUCAGUGGGACUCGGGGAGCACAGUUGGAGAUCAAAUUUUACUUGGCCGGUGAAUUAGAGAGCUCAGAUGAGGCAUCUCUAUGGAUUAUUAAGGAUGGCUCGUACUACAAGUUGGACUCGUAUACAGCAUCACGUUGUGGCAAGAACACGUACAACACGAAGACGUAUGAUUUGUCAGCAUAUGCAUCAUCCCACACCGUCGUUAAGCUGUACAUUGACAGUGGCUUCGCGGGCCCAGGCGAGUACUUUGUUAUCGAUUACGUCAAGAUCACGUUUGAUGACUGUGAGCAGUCGUGUCAAGACCUACAGUACGCCGACAACUUUGCAUCUGGCGGCUAUUCAGGCAACUCUGGAAGCAUAGCUUUUGGUAGCAACUGGGUCGAAGCAGAUGCAGGCGGAAGCGGUGCGGCAGGCGGAAACGCGCUUAUCAGUGGUGGGCAACUCUAUUUGAAGGGUAGUGGUAACGGAUACGGUGAAACCCAGGUUUAUCGCGCCAUUUCUUUGGAGCACGCGUCUGCAGCAACGUUACGCGUUUCGUUCAAGUUUGUUGGUGACGUGGAGAAUGUUGACGUGGCGUACAUUGGCGCCAUGACUGCGUCCGGUGCCAUGGUGGGGGAGGAGUUUGUGGCAACAGACUAUAAGAGCUUGACGGAACGCGUUUCUAUGGAGGCUCAUACCAAGGUUACGCGGGAGGUCGAUCUCAGUGGGACUCGGGGAGCACAGUUGGAGAUCAAAUUUUACUUGGCCGGUGAAUUAGAGAGCUCAGAUGAGGCAUCUCUAUGGAUUAUUAAGGAUGGCUCGUACUACAAGUUGGACUCGUAUACAGCAUCACGUUGUGGCAAGAACACGUACAACACGAAGACGUAUGAUUUGUCAGCAUAUGCAUCAUCCCACACCGUCGUUAAGCUGUACAUUGACAGUGGCUUCGCGGGCCCAGGCGAGUACUUUGUUAUCGAUUACGUCAAGAUCACGUUUGAUGACUGUGAGCAGUCGUGUCAAGACCUACAGUACGCCGACAACUUUGCAUCUGGCGGCUAUUCAGGCAACUCUGGAAGCAUAGCUUUUGGUAGCAACUGGGUCGAAGCAGAUGCAGGCGGAAGCGGUGCGGCAGGCGGAAACGCGCUUAUCAGUGGUGGGCAACUCUAUUUGAAGGGUAGUGGUAACGGAUACGGUGAAACCCAGGUUUAUCGCGCCAUUUCUUUGGAGCACGCGUCUGCAGCAACGUUACGCGUUUCGUUCAAGUUUGUUGGUGACGUGGAGAAUGUUGACGUGGCGUACAUUGGCGCCAUGACUGCGUCCGGUGCCAUGGUGGGGGAGGAGUUUGUGGCAACAGACUAUAAGAGCUUGACGGAACGCGUGUAUGACCUGUCAGCACUGCUGGGUCAAAGAGACGUGUGGGUUGGUUUUGGUGUCAAAGCAAACUUACAUGCAUCGGAUGAAUAUCUAAUGAUCGAGCAAGUCUCUGUGGAAUAUCAAACGUGUGCUUCAACGACGACCACGACGACCACGACGACCACGACGACCACGACGACCACGACAACACCCUGCAGCGUGUCUCAAACCGUGCAUGACGCAUUUUCACAAAACAGUUACAGCAACAACGACGGAAGCAAGCCUUGGGCUGCGUCCUGGGUUGAGACCGAUGCAGGCAAUGGUGGUGCAUCCUCUGGUAACGUGUUCAUCUACAACGGCGCGCUCGUAUUGACCCGGCAGUUCUAUGGAGGCUCAACCAAGGUUACGCGGGAGGUCGAUCUCAGUGGGACUCGGGGAGCACAGUUGGAGAUCAAAUUUUACCUGGCCGGUGAAUUAGAGAGCUCAGAUGAGGCAUCUCUAUGGAUUAUUAAGGAUGGCUCGCACUACAAGUUGGACUCGUAUACAGCAUCACGUUGUGGCAAGAACACGUACAACACGAAGACGUAUGAUUUGUCAGCAUAUGCAUCAUCCCACACCGUCGUGAAGCUGUACAUUGACAGUGGCUUCGCGGGCCCAGGCGAGUACUUUGUUAUCGAUUACGUCAAGAUCACGUUUGAUGACUGUGAGCAGUCGUGUCAAGACCUACAGUACGCCGACAACUUUGCAUCUGGCGGCUAUUCAGGCAACUCUGGAAGCAUAGCUUUUGGUAGCAACUGGGUCGAAGCAGAUGCAGGCGGAAGCGGUGCGGCAGGCGGAAACGCGCUUAUCAGUGGUGGGCAACUCUAUUUGAAGGGUAGUGGUAACGGAUACGGUGAAACCCAGGUUUAUCGCGCCAUUUCUUUGGAGCACGCGUCUGCAGCAACGUUACGCGUUUCGUUCAAGUUUGUUGGUGACGUGGAGAAUGUUGACGUGGCGUACAUUGGCGCCAUGACUGCGUCCGGUGCCAUGGUGGGGGAGGAGUUUGUGGCAACAGACUAUAAGAGCUUGACGGAACGCGUGUAUGACCUGUCAGCACUGCUGGGUCAAAGAGACGUGUGGUUACAGCAACAACGACGGAAGCAAGCCUUGGGCUGCGUCCUGGGUUGA